AUGGGAGAGCAACACAGUGGCUCGGCCGGAGUCACACAGCCGUCUGGGUCGGGCGAGCAGACGGAGGGACACAUUUACGAGGUUGCGGUGCAGAGCAACUCCACUAAUCACACCUCCCAGUUUGCAGAUGUGGCCCUGCUGCAGAAGUUCAAGUCCCUCAUUAUCCCCUGCUACGUACUGGUGGUGGUGGUAGGCGUCUUCGGCAAUUACCUGCUCCUCUAUGUCAUCUGCCGAACCCGAAAGAUGCACAGUGUCACCAACUUCUUCAUCGGCAACCUGGCCUUCUCCGACAUGCUCAUGUGUGUGACUUGUGUCCCCUUCACCCUCGCCUACGCCUUCAAUCCACACGGUUGGGUGUUUGGCCGCUCGAUGUGUUAUCUGGUGUUUCUCGUCCAGCCGGUCACGGUCUACGUUUCAGUCUUCACACUCACAGCCAUCGCGGUGGACAGAUAUUACGCAACCGUCCAUCCCCUGAAGAAGCGCACCUCCGUGGCCACCUGUGCCUCUGUCCUCACUGGCAUCUGGCUGCUGUCCUGUGGGCUGGUGGCUCCGGCAGUGGCCCACACCUACCACGUCGAAUUCAAGGAGGAAGGCUUCACCAUCUGUGAGGAGUUCUGGUUGGGACAAGAGAAAGAAAGAUUCGCUUAUGCAUACAGCACCCUGCUGGUCACAUAUGUCCUGCCGCUGUCGGCCGUCUUCAUCUCGUAUCUCUGCAUCACUGUCAAACUGAGGAACUGUGUUGCCCCGGGCCACAGGACACAAGGCCAGGCAGGGGUUCAGCAGGCUCGGAAGAGGAAGAUCUUUCGCCUGGUCGCACUCCUGGUGUCUGCCUUCGCCGUGUGCUGGCUCCCGAUCCACGUGUUCAACGUGCUGCGAGACGUCGACAUUCACCUCAUUAACAAGCGCUACUUUUUACUCAUACAGCUGCUGUGCCACCUGUGCGCCAUGAGCUCCUCUUGUUGUAACCCUUUCCUCUACGCAUGGCUACACGACCGCUUCCGCACGGAGCUGCGGAAGAUGUUCGAGUGCCGCCACCGUAUUGGAGCGCCCGCCAAUCAGUGUGCCGCCAGUGUGGUCUAG